UUUACUUGCUAAAUGACUAUGCUGAUUUACAGAAUUUAAUUUUAAAUCAUUCAGGAUUCCAAUAAAUAUUGCUUUUUUACUGUGUGGCGGCACUCAGCCAUGGCGGCGCUCGUGAAACCGCUAUUCUGCGCGACGGCUCAGGCCGACGCUACAAGAAACCGCACCAGCGGCAACAGCGGAGGUUCGAAUGAGCUUUCUUCGCCCCAGCGCUCGAAGAAGAAGAAGCUCGACGCAACGAGCUUAUCGAGUCCUUCAAAUCCUUUCGUGAAGCACUGCGUCAAGCUCCGCCUUAGCUCUUCUUAUCGCCGCUCUUGCGGUUCUGCUCUAGUCGUCGGCCUCACUCCCAUAAUGGAAGUUUGCAGGUUCCGGGAAUUAAAUAAUGAAGAACUCUCUAGCAUUGAGUGCUUGCUUCUUUUAGAUGGCUUUGAGAGCCCAGAAUUGUUCAAUCUCCCCUCUACUUCAAUAGUGCAUGUGAGCUCUCAUGUGAUGAAGAAACUCUCUGGUGUUCAAUCAGUUGAUUCUACUGAAGCAGUAGCCAUAAUGAAGAUCCCUAGAAGCUUCUAUGAUAUGACUGGAGAAUACAAGAAAGAAAUAUAUCCAAAUUGGUUCCCUUUGCCUAACAGGAUGUUGGUUCUUGAUGGUAUCCAG